AUACUAACAUCAACAAAAAUGUCGGUAAAAUUACUAGUUUGUGUCAUAAUGGCAAUAAUAUCAAGUACACUAGCCGCAGAUACGGAACCUUCAAGUCUAUUGAAAAAUGUCAUACCUACGAUUAUGCAAAAAUACUAUAAUUUGGCACCUACCCAGACCGGUUACCAUUUAAUUAUAGAAAAUCCUAAUGGCAGUAUACGUGAAGAAAUGCAAAUGAUUUUGAAUCCAGGUACACCCGAACAGGAAACCGUUGUUAUGGGCAUGUAUACGGUAUAUGAUGAUAAAACGGAUACUGAAACUGUAACUAUGUAUACGGCAGAUAAAAAUGGUUAUAGACCACGUAUAACAAUGAAGCGUAAAGUAAGAUCUGCCAAUCUAAAUAAAUCAUUAAUAUCAAGAUAAUUUGUUUUAAUUAUUAUUUUUGUUCGAAAAUAAAUUUCAAAUAUUGUUGAUUUUUUCUUAAUGCCAAGAGGAACUUGUUUUGUAUCUAAGAGAAGGGAAUUUUAUAUAUGUACAUAUCUAACUUUAAAGUGUUUUUGCCGGAGAUCUUUUUUAACGCCCUCCAAGAAGUGAU